AUGGAACUCCAAGAAGUCGAGGUUGACGGCGGGGUUGAAGAGUUGUUUCAAUCCGCCAGUGUCCGUUGUAGCUGUUGUCGUUCGGUACAGAUCGAAAGUGUUUCGACUGAGCUCGCUGGGGUUCAGAGGCAGCAACAGCUCGUCGUUUCCGUCCCUACGGGGCCGCCCCAGGCACAUGCCUGCGCCAGUACCUUUAGCACAGCGACCCGGUUAUCCAGGAUAGAUUACCAGCCCAGCUUCGGAGCUUCCCAGCUGCAUCAUAUUCCCAGCAGAACGACCCUUUCACGCCUCGAGACGACCGUCGCAUGA